GGCUACCUGUUCAUCCCCGUGCUGCUGAAAUCAAACAGCAAGCUGAUCCACUUGAUCAACAAUGUCAUCAAGAACGACCUGGCUAGCCAGAACCCCACCUUCAUGGGCCUGGCCCUGCACUGCAUUGCUAGUGUGGACAAUUGUGGGAUGGCCAAGGCCUUCACUGGGAAGAUCCCCAAAGUCCUGAUGACCAGAGACAUCAUGGACAGUGUGAAGCAGAGCAUGGCCCUCUGUGUGCUGCAUUUAUACAGGAUGUCUCCUGACCUCGUCCCCAUGGGUGACUGGACAUCCCCCGUGGUGUACUUCCUCAACAACCAGCAUCUG